GAUUAUGGUGCCCCAUUUCUUUUUCUUAAACUGCACUCAUAUUUCUUAACAUACACUUUUUACAGUUUAUAUCCGUAUAUUUCCAAGACAUCCCAUUUUAAAUAAGCAAUCAUAUUGGACAAUCACGUGAAGAGUUAUAAAAGAAAACAGAAUCAAAUCUUGAAAGAUGGAUGGGAUGUCUUGGCCUUCUCAGUCGGAGUUGGAUGGAAUGAGAGAGAAGGUUGCUCAGAUGUCUGGUGGAGAUGCCAAAGAGGUUAGAUUUGUCGUAUCUCCAUACCGGAUUUGUCCUUUGGGAGCUCACAUUGAUCAUCAGGGUGGAAGAGUUUCUGCUAUGACAAUAAAUAAGGGCAUUCUGCUUGGUUUUGUUCCUUCUGAUGAUUCACAGGUAUGAUUGUGUCACAUGCAG